AUGGAAGAAGGUUAUACCUAUGCUAAAAAACACACAAUUGUAUAUGAGUGGGUGAUAAAUAAAAUCAGCUCGCGUAUGGAAUUCAUAGAAGAUCAACCUCUCACUAUUUUAAAAUCGUCAGUAUUUUCUACACGAGCUAAAAUAAUAACUAAGUGGUGCCUUAAAUUGUAUUUCAAUAAUGGUACUCCAGAAAAUGAAUAUAAAGAUUUUUUGGGAUUAUUUAUAAGUAAUGUCGCAAAUGAUUGUGUAAAAGUUCGUUUUUCAAUUUGCAUCUUAGAUAGUCAACAGGAAAAAUGUUCGGUAAAAGAUCGUGACUUUACUUUGAAUGUUAAAGAUACUAAAGGUUUUAAUGAAUUUUUGGAAAAAGAAACAUUAUUGGCAAAUAAAUCUGUAUUGAUACCCAAUGAUACAUUGACAAUAUUGGCUGAAGUGACUGUUGUUGAUGAUGAAGUAAAGCUAAUUCCAGUCGAAAAAUCAUUGAUUAAUCCAAAAAGUAAUUUAUCAAGAGAUUUGAAAGUUUUUUACAACAGUAGAGAAUUCAGCGAUACCACUAUUGUUAUUGGAGAUAAAAAAAUUAAAGCUCACAGAUUAAUGCUAAUAAUGCGCAGUCCAGUUCUAGCAGCAAUGUUUACUCACGAGCUGGAUGAAAAAAAAUCUAAUCAAAUUUUUAUAACAGACAUAACAGCUGAUAUCUUUGAGAAAGUCUUGGAGUUUAUUUACACUGACGAAGUUUCGGGUUUGAAUGCCAUCGCUGAAGAUUUGCUGGAAGCCGCUGAUAAAUACCAGAUAUUGUCACUCAAAGAGAUGUGUGAAGUAUCACUAUGCAAAACUUUGAAGCCUGAAAACGCCAUUAGAAGGAUGGACCUAGCUGACCGGCACAAUGCUCCGUUCUUGAUAAAAUACGUCACUAAAUGCAUCGUCACUGAUUCCAAGAAAAUUAUCCAGACCGAGGAUUUUGAGAAGUUUGAAAAAUCCAAUCCUUCUUUGGGAUUGACAUUGUUCAAGGAAAAGAUUGCAGCUGACGUUUAA